GUUGUUCUGACCGCGGUGUUUUGAACGUGGCAGGAAUGGAGACGGAAGCUUCUUCUGCGGGUCCGCAAGUUCGGCCGGGAUUCGAGGAGUUUCUGAAGGAGCACCGAGUCGCCACUUUCGACCAGUGGCCCUUUGCCUCCGACUGCUCAUGCACUCCAGACCGGAUGGCAGAAGCUGGAUUUGUUCACUGUCCUAGUGACAAUGCACCCGACGUGGCCCAGUGCUUCAUAUGUUUUAAGGAGCUGGAGGGAUGGGAGCCGGAUGAUGACCCUAUGGAAGAGCACCGGAAACACUCCCCCAACUGUGCAUUUCUGGCUCUCCAGAAAGAUAUUAAGGACUUGACACUGCAAGAGUUUAUGAGACUUUGCAAAGAGAGAAUGAAGGCCUUGGUCAGAAAGGAAAUUAACCAGAAAAUUAACGACCUGGAAAAACGUGCUGAGAAGACACGUAAUGCAAUUGAAUUGUUGCGUAUGUAAUGUUCCCAGUGUACUAUCUCCAUUGAAUACAAUGAGGCUUAAACAUGCCAAUCAGUCCCUUUAAUUUACUGGCGAAGUAAACAUUUGCCUCUCUUCCUCUAGCAAAACAUGUAAUAUGAAUAGAAAGUGAAACGUUGCUUUGCAGUCUGCCGGUGGAGGGGAGGGGAAGCAUUCUCCGAUGUUUACAAAAUACCUUCUCUUUGCAACUGCUGUAUAUGAACAAAACAAACUGACCCUAAAUGCUCUUACACCCAGCAGCAGCAGCUCAACUAUCCUUUUUCUCUUCAAACACCCACUCUUGUUCUGUUCCAACAGCCACUGAACAAAAUUUCUGGGGUGUUUUUUUAUGGGGGGGUGCAUUACAACGAGAAAAAGCCCAUCAACCUCUGUCUGUUUACUCAUAAGCAAGUCCCAAGUGUGUCUUCCCUAAUAUGGUUAGGAUCAGGGUACUAUGCUGUGGUAGCUCCUGAGGCAGGGCUGUUUGGAACUUGGACAAGACCCAAAGGCCUCUCGACUGCAUUCCUGCAUUCACACCUGUGGCUCUGGUCAAGUUGCACUUAAGGGCUGAAUGAAGAUAUCUGCAGCUCUCCACUGAUUUCUGUGGGUUAUCCUGCACAUUAGGACAAUAAUGCCAAAUAUAUAGAUUCACUAAGGUAGUCUAAUUUAACUGGAAUGUCAUAGUAAUGUUAAUGUCAUAUUAAAAAGCUCAGUGAAAACAUCA